UGAAAAGAAGGACUGCAAAGACAGUGGGCAAACACCACUGGAAGCUUGAAAACACACACACACACACAAACCCACACUCUCACACACAUACAUCUCUCAAGGGCUUUAGUGAGGACUGAAGAUAACCUGUCUCUGCUGUGUAGCUACUGAUCAAACAGAAUUGUGAGUCUCAUCUUCUGGCUCCAUGGCUCUCCUGUUCUGUGGUGUGUUGGUUCUGUUGUGUGGUCUUGAUGCUGCCUGGGCCAUAUUAGUCACUGACAUGGACUAUGGAGGCAUUCCUCUAUGGAUUAACCGGCUGCUGGGUGAGCCCAGUGUUUUAAGUCUGCAGGGACGGAUGGACCCGGCCUGGUUUCGGGCUAACAACCCCCAGACCUGUCCAGAGCAGUGUGACUGCCCCAUCCAGUGGGAAACGUCCCUCUACUGUGACCACAGAGCCCUUGAAAACAUCCCUGAGGGGCUGCCACAAAGAACCCAGUACUUGUUUUUACAGGGGAACAACAUCUCAUCCCUGUCCUACUCCGCCCUGGCUAAUUUAACCAACCUGCGUUGGCUAAUCAUUGACAACAACCAGCUCAAGAGUGACAAACUGGAACUGACCUCUCUGCAGAACCAGACACAACUGCGCUACUUUUUUGCAAACCGCAACUACCUGACUUCAGUGCCUGGUGGUCUACCAGCCGGACUCAAACAGCUGCGACUGGCCAACAACCAAAUCAGCAGCAUCAGCACAGGAGCUUUCCAGAACCUGCAAAAUCUGACGCUGCUGUUACUACAGGGAAACAGACUGCAAACCAUGACAGGGGAUGACGUCAAAGGUUUGGUUGGACUGAAUCUGCUGGACGUCAGUGGAAAUUUGUUUUCAGCUGUCCCCAAGCAUUUACCUCCCUCCGUCCAGCAGCUCUAUUUGUCCAACAACUCCUUCUCUGGACUGCAUGAGGGCAGUUUUGAGGGCUUUCACAACCUGAAGUAUCUGCGUCUCAGCCACUGCGGUCUGCAGAGCGAAGGCAUCCACCCACAAGCCUUUAACCACUCCAGCCUGGUGGAGCUGGACCUCUCUUACAACCAACUGACCACCAUCCCCACAGUUCCAACAACCCUGCAGUACCUCUACCUGGAGGCCAAUAGAAUUCAAGAGUUCAACGUGACUAGUUUCUGCAGAGAGGUGGGGUCUCUGUCCUACUCCAGGAUGAAAAUCCUACGGCUGGAUGGAAAUAAAAUGACAUACCACCAGCUGCCCCCUGACUGGGUUUACUGUCUCAGAGUGCUUCAAAGAAUCUACAUCUGACUCUGAGAAGCAGUUAAACACGAGUACAGCAUGUACUCCUCCAACUCCAACCGGUGCUACAAAGAAAAACACGACUAAACCUUAGCUUUUUGUUGUCUAGUUCAUCAUGUGUGAUCUUUACAUUAAAGUCUAAAAUCAGAGAGCUGUGAUUUAUGCUGUCUUGACUAUUUAGAACAAGUUGAGUCAUUUCAUGUAAAACAAACCUUUAAAAGAGGCCAAAAAUUAAAUUUAGCUCGCCAAUGUUGUUUUAGGAUCAUGCAAAAACUGAUAAUUAUAACAUUACUCAUAUUAUUACAAUCCAAUUUCUAUACAAGGUCUGUGACUGCAAGGUUAGACAUCUGUGUUGUGUUACUGGAUAAAAGCAUUGGAAAACUCUGAAUAUACCGACUCAUGUGCUCUGGCUGUAAGGGUUUCGAACAACAAGCCAGUCACAUAUAGACCCCACAGAGAUGAAUGAAUUGUCAUGUGAUGAGUAUUUUACCAGAAAUAUUAAAAUUAGAAUAUGACAGAAACAGUCUACAGUAAGGGAAACAAACUCUUAGAUGGCAUAAUUAAUCAUCUGAAAGCUCAUUUAAAUCCAUAUUAAUAGACAAGGAUUGAACUAAGGAUUUUAACUUGUUCAAAGUCAAAAUGAUACCAACAUUUCAAAACAGAAAAAACAAAGCUGUAUGUUCAGUGUAAACAAUGUAUCUCACAAUAAAAGUACAAAAGGUG